UUCUCUUACCUGCAUAUGAAGUACCUGUUCUUCUCCUGGCUGGCAGUGUUCGUGGGGAGCUGGAUAGUGUACGUGGAGUACUCCUCCUACACGGAGCUGUGUCGUGGGCACGAGUGCAAAAAUUCAAUAUGUGACAAAUAUAGAAGAGGAGUCAUUGACGGCUCAGCAUGCAGCAGCCUGUGUGAGAAAGACACGCUGUACCUGGGAAAGUGCUUCACCACCAAGCCCAACAGCCAGGUGUACUCCGGCAGCUGGGGAGACCUGGAGGGCGUCAUUAAAUGCCAGAUGGAGGAGGCUCCUCAUUAUGAUUUGGGAACUGAGAUGGAGCCGAGGAAGGAGGCUGUGGCCUUCAACAAGCCCACCAAGGGGACUUCUGUGGAGAAGUUCAGAGAGAUGAUUUUCAACCACCUGAAGGCCAAAGCAGGGGAUCAGGCCAACCUCGCAGACCUGGCAACUCAAGUAUUGUCUAUAGCAGAUGCCAACAAGGACGGCCAUAUCACAUUGCCCGAGGCUCGCUCCACGUGGGCUCUGCUGCAGCUCAAUGAGUUCCUGCUGGCAUUAGUGCUACAAGACAGAGAGCACACGCCUAAGUUACUGGGCUUCUGUGGAGACCUGUAUGUGAUGGAGAAAGUGCCGCACUCUCCCCUGUACGGCAUCAGUCUACCCUGGAUCAUGGAGGUGUGGAUUCCUGCGGGUCUGCGCCGCAGCAUGGACCAGUGGUUCACCCCCUCGUGGCCACACAAGGCCAAGAUCUCCAUCGGCCUGCUGGAACUGGUCGAGGACGUUUUCCACGGCACCUUCGGGAGCUUCCUCAUGUGCGACGUGAGAGCCACCAGCUUCGGCUACAACGACCGCCACGAUUUGAAGGUGAUGGACGCACGGUACAUCGUUCCAGAAGCCAUCUUCCAAGAAGGCAUUAGGCAGCAGCGUUGCAACGUGGACGAGGACUGUCUCUACGGGGCCGACUGCCUCACUUCCUGCGACCUCACCAAGCACCGCUGCACGCCCGAGGUCACCAGGCCAAACUUAGCCAAAGCCUGCGACACACUCAAGGACUAUAUUUUGAGGGGGGCACCGUCUGAUGUGAGGGAGGAGCUGGAGAAGCAGCUGUACGCCUGCAUCGCAUUGAAAGGUGCAGCAGAACAGAUGGAAAUCGAGCACUCGCUGAUUCUGAACAAUCUCAAGACUUUGUUAUGGAAGAAAAUUUCUCACACUAAAGACUCCUAA